AUGAUCCGCCCUGGAUUCCCAGUCACUCUCGGCCAUGAAGCUUCGGGUGUGGUGGCGGCUAUUGGGUCUGCAGUCACAACGUUGAAAGUGGGUGAUCGAGUUGCGAUCGAGCCUGGAUUCCCCUGCCGGUAUUGCUCGUUCUGCCUGGCAGGGAAAUAUAAUUUGUGCCCGGAAAUGGCCUUUGCAGCAAGUCCUGGGCCUGGACCUGUUGUCCACGGAACUUUGGCGACCUUCUUCCGUCUUCCAGGUGAUUUAUGUUAUAAGAUACCAGAUCAUCUGGGGCUAGACGAAGGGGUUAUAUUUGAGCCUCUCGCGGUCGCGAUCCAUGGUCUCUGCCUUUCAAAGCUUAAGCCGGGACAAGAGGUUCUUGUUCUUGGUGCAGGUCCAGUGGGUUUGCUGUCUUGUGCGGUCGCACGCGAAUUUGGUGCUGGUCGGAUUACCGUGGUUGAUAUCAACAAUGAGCGUCUGAGAUUCGCAGCUGAAGAAUUAGAAGUAUCCACACAUCAGUUCGACGCAGCAAUUUCGGUAGAGAAGAAUGCUGAGGCCCUUGUUGCUGAGAAGGGGCUCCGGGAAGGGGCCGACGUUGUCAUCGAGGCGACGGGGGUGGCCUCAUCUGUUCAGCUCGGCAUUGAAUUGAUUAAAAAGGGCGGGUCAUAUGUACAGGUCGGGUUGGGGAAGAAGAUAGUGGAAUUUCCACUGGUUGUGCUGAGUGAGAAAGAGAUCACACUGAGGGGCUGCUUCCGGUAUGGCCCUGGGGAUUUCGCAUUGGCAUCGAGUUUAGUCGGGCGGGGCAAAAUCCCUUUGAAGGCUUUCGUUAGCAAGGUAUUUCCAUUCCACCAGGCGCCUGACGCAUGGGAGGCAGCUCGAAAAGGCCAAGGGGUCAAGUUUCUUAUACAAGUCGAUGGCAGCCAGACUUGA